UUGUUCUAACGUGAGUAACGACGCGGCGCAGCGUUUUUGCUGUUUGGCGAAAAAAAAAACGUGCUUAAUGCAAAGUUUCCUUUCAAAACCGUUCGAAGGACUCGUCCGAACGCGUUUACCUUGUACCUGUGCUGUGGUUGGCCAUCCUGCAAUUGCCCAGAUCGGUUUCCUAGUGCACUGCACUCGAAUACGACACAUCCGCCCAGAAAAGUGCCCCCAGUGAUUUGUUCGUUUCUUGGGACUUGGCAAAUGUUAAUCUGAUAACAAUAAGCGGCGGCGGUGCCUUAAUUUCAAUUAAAUAAAUCGAGAGCGGCGGCAGCGACGUUAACGUCGCAGGUUUUUAUAAGAAUAACCCGUAUGCUUGGACGCGUGUGUGUUUGUGAGUGUGUGAGUGAGCGCUGAAGAUGCGCGAAAACGUCAAUUAAUUGCAGCAGCAACAACAACCGCACGGCGCAAAUAACGUGGGGCCAAAAGGUGCGAAUGAAGCGCAAGAAAAAGAAAAAUCAAUAGGAAUAGAAUGCAAAUCGCCGGGGAACAUGUAUCGAUAUACAUAUAGUCCAAGCCCAGAUCGAAGCCAAAAACUACCGCCAGCAGCAGGAGCAGAAGCCAGCGAGUCGACGCUAUUAAUAAACAUAAAUAAUAUCGCAAUAAUAUCGGGGCGGCCGCUGCGUCGCCUACGCAGAUGAUGCGUUGCAAACGCCAAGUUGCGUAAUUGCCGAAUCCGAUUCCGAAUCCGAGUCCGCGCAAAAACAAGAACAACAACCACAACAACAACAACAACAACAACCAAAACCAACUAACAACUCGUAUUUCGCCGCUAAAAACGUUAGAACAAAGUUCGUGGCCAGAGUCUCAUCUCUAACGUGUGUGUGUCCGUGUGACCGUCUCUGUGCGCGCGUGUGUGUGUGUUUACUCCGGUGUAAGUGUCAGUUCUUUGCCAACAACAACAUGGCCGCCGCAACAGAUGGCUCUGCCAGGGCGGCCGCAGCAGCGGCGUCGACGUCGCCGCGAACAGCAGCCUCGGCAGCAUCGAACGGGAGCGGUCUGACCGGCAAACCGCCCGGAUCCGCCCCCUCAUCAUCGGCAGCGACGGGAGCAGCGGGGGCGGGAUCGGGCACAGCCUCAUCCGCCGGACUUCCCGCCUCCGUCUCGCACUUCUACUACAAGCACGGCCUCUUCCUGUCCAGCUACCCGACGUGCGCCUCCAGCAUCGCCUUCAUGGCGAUUCUGCUCUCGUGCUAUCCGUUAAUCAACAUACCGUUGCCCGGGACAAUACCCACCAAGAUUGUGCUGCCCUACGAGGCUGGUCUUGGUUCUCUGACAACGUACCAUCACAAUGGCUCCACGAUUCCGCUGCAGUCGCCGCCUGCCGCCGGCGAACCUCCGCCCGGCGCCGGACCCGCUCAGGCUCUCAACGGCAGUGCCACGGACCGCAGCCCGCCUCCCCUGCUGCCGUGGGCGCAGAGUAGCCCCGCCUUCUUCUACGUCCAGCAGAUAACGCUCCGAGCAAGCGUGCUCCCGUGGACCGAGGGCAUGCAGCUGAUGGAUGCAUUUCGUGCGCCGCUCUACGAAGUUUUUAAAUUGCUCGAAAUUGUGCGCAAUCAUCAGAGCAGCGAAAACCAGCGCACCCUGGAGCACAACUGUUUGCAUGUGGAGAACGUGAAGAGGGGAACCCACGGACAGCUGGACCAGAUCUUUCCCGAGUACGGCUGCCUGCUGCUCUCGCCGGCAAACCUUUGGACGCAGAAUGCUCAGAACUUCACCCGGGACACGAACAUCCUGAACACUAUAUUUCAGUAUCAUAACCUGCAAAAAUCAAAGGUUUCCGCCGCGGAAAUGCUCUUUGGCCUGCCCAUGCAGGACACGGGUUUCAAGCGGUACCCGCUUCGGGCUCGUUCGCGGAUCAUCCAGUAUGCCCUGACAUUGGUCCUCAAGCACAACGACGUGGAGUAUCUGGAGACGCUCAAGGAGAAGCUGCAGCGGCACUACCCGCCGCUGCCACCACUGGCCACGUCGACGGGUGUGCCAGUCGAGGAGCCAUCGACGGUCACGUACAUAUUCUACCCGGGAGAGUACAGGAUGUGGGAGCUGGUGCCCUACACGGUGGCCUUCAUGCUGGUGUUUGCCUACGUCUACUUCUCAGUCCGGAAAAUCGACGUCUUUCGCUCCCGCUUCCUGCUGGCCCUGUGCAGCGUAAUCACCACGGCCGGAAGCCUGGCCAUGUCGCUUGGCUUGUGCUUCUUUUUCGGCCUGACCAUCUCACUGCAGUCCAAGGACAUAUUCCCGUACCUGGUGAUCCUGGUGGGACUGGAAAACAGUUUGGUUAUCACAAAGAGCGUGGUGUCCAUGGACGAGACGUUCGACGUGAAGAUCCGCGUGGCACAGGCUCUGAGCAAAGAGGGUUGGCACAUUUCCAAGACGCUGCUGACGGAGAUCACCAUUCUGACCAUUGGCUUGGCCACGUUCGUGCCCGUCAUCCAGGAGUUUUGCAUCUUCGCCAUAGUCGGCCUGCUGUCGGACUUCAUGCUGCAGAUGCUGCUCUUCUCCACCAUCCUGGCCAUGAACAUCAAGCGGGCCGAGUACACGACGGAGGCCAAGCACCUACCCAAGAUGCUGCUGAGCUGCACCCAGGGAGCUGGUCGCCAGGAUUUCCGUUUUUUUGGCGCCUCGCCGACGAUGCCGCCCUUCGUGCCCGGCACCUUUCAGCGCUCGCAGUCGCAUCCGAAGCUCUGCUUUGCCGAUGCCGCCUCUGUCAGCGAACGGACGAGCUUGGUGAACGGCCACCAGCCGCAGGAGCAGCGAAUACCCAAGCGCAUCAAGAUUGUGAACUUUUGGGCGCGCACCCGCUUCUUUCAGCGGGCCUUUAUGAUCUGGAUGAUUGUGUGGAUCUGCUCCAUUGUGUACAACUCGGGUUGCCUGGAGCAGCUGUUCAGCAUGCAGAGCAACGGCACGAUGACAGCGACCCUUGAACUGCAACGGCGAUUGCAGGCGGGCCGUGGUGCCGUCAGCAGCUUUUUCGAGGGAUGGCAGGCCGGCGGACAGCAGCCGCCUGCGACGAGUGCUCCCAGCAGCAGCGGCUUUUCCACACCCCUACAGGCGCCACUCUCGAAGGACAUUAACGAGACGGCCGAGGAAAUGCUGCGCCUUCGCUACCCCAACUUUGACCUCAACUAUUUCCUCUCGAACUUUCACUGGUCCACGAUCAUGAAGCAAUACAAUGUCUCACUGAGCGGCCACUAUGUGACCCUGCUGCCCACCAUUCGGCUGAGCCAUGCCAUCACACCGGAACUGGCCGCCCUGCUGCGCAAUCCGCAGGAGCAACUGCAACAGAACUUUCAGUGGAAGGCCUUGGCCGCCGCCCUCGAUCCGCUGGACUUCAACGACGACGAUGUGCGCCGCGAGUCGCCGAUGGUUAUGGCCGGCGGCAUGCCGCUGGUCCCCAAGAGCCCCAUGGAAAUAUUCUUCGCCAUCCUUUUGUGCUGCAUCAGCAUCUUUGUGCUGUGCUACACCAUGGUGGUGUUCUACCGCUGCAUCUGUACGAGGAACUAUGCGGAGUGGCGUUCCAGCUGGCACGAAUCGGAGGCACCGUACAAGCAGACCGAGCAGAUCCUCGAGGGUGUGCCCACACAGAUCGCCGGCCAUAAGCACCGCAUCGAGUGCCUGGUCUCCGAUGGGGCCUACAUCAUCAGCUGCUGCUUGAAGGGCCAGAUUCGUGUGUGGGACGCACGCAGCGGCGAGCAGCUGACCAGCAUCGCCCGCUCCGACAUCCAGAUCUCUCAGCCGCGACCGGAUGGACAGACGCUGGUGCGCAAGUUGCCCGUCUCACCGGUUUGGUGUCUGGACUACUUUGACAAUCUCAUCGCCGUGGGCUGCGCCAAUGGGCGCGUUGAGCUGUGGGAAUCACCGGCCGGCUUGCUGAAGUGUGCGUACCAGGAGGACGCCAAACGGAACCAGGGUAUAACCCACAUCCACUUGAACGGCGAUCGGGUGAUUGUGGCCCGUCUGAACGGGCGAUUGGAUUUCUACCGUUUGGAGACGUAUUACAAGGGAAAGCAGAUCGACUGGAGUUUUACCUCGGCCUACAGACGCACUCAUGUCCGAACGGGAUCCACUGGCAGUCUGGGGCUGAUAAUGCAGCAGCAGCGCUGCCAGCAGGAUGCCGCCCAGAAGACCACCAAGGAGGAGAUGAAAAUCACGCUGGAGGGCGUGCGGCUGGCCCAUCAGCAGCCCAUCACCUGCAUGCAGGUGGUCAACGACAUGGUCUUCACCGGCAGUCAGGACCACACUCUCAAGGUGUAUUGUCUAAACAAAGCCGAUGUGGAGUAUACUCUGCAUGGACACUGCGGGCCCGUGACCUGCCUGUUUGUGGACCGCUGGCAACCGGGCACCGGGGGCUCUGGAUCCCAGGAUGGCCUGCUCUGCGUUUGGGAUCUGUUCACGGGUGCGUGCAUGUACAACAUCCAGGCGCACGAUGGCGCCGUCAGCUGCCUGGCCUGCGCACCCAGCUAUGUGAUCUCGCUGGGCACGGACGAGCGGAUAUGCGUGUGGGAGCGAUUUCAGGGCAACUUGCUGACCACCUUUAACAUCUCCAACGCGUAUUCGAGUCUGCUGAUGCUAACACCGUCCCUGCUGGUAACCAGCAAAAUGGGGUCCCUUAUCGUGUGGGAUGUGCGCACUGGACAGCCAGCCCGCGAAGUCAAGCUGGACUUUGCCAAUCUGCAGCUGUGCCCCAAAACUAUGAUGCUUGCCUGCGACUCGGUGGUCUGCGACUACGGAAAUGAGAUCCGCGUCGUUCGGUUUCCCAUCGUGGCUGACAAGUGCCACUGAAGCGCAGGACGAGAUGAAAUUACCUUUGCCCGCUAGCCCCUAGGCAUAAGUUGACUCUCGGCUCUCAAUCGCCUCGAAGCCAUUGACGCAUUCACUAAUUUAUACUUUGUUAGGGCUCGCAGGAUUUUACUUUCUAACAGUAGAAGUGUGCGUAACGCUUCGCUAGGAUUUAGUUGUAAUUUUCGGACACUGAGUGUUACAGCCGCUGGCUGAAACUUCGCUAGGCUAAGGAACUAAACUAAAUGAAAAGGAAAGAUAAGAAAAGAAUAUACACACAUAUAUUUUCGCGUAACUAUAUUAACUACAUAGUGUCUUAAAGCGCCUCAGCAUAACAUAAAAUGACUAAAUGUUAAAUUAAAUACUAUAUUUAUUAGAAUCACCUACGCUUAAUUUUCUAUAUGAAAAGUAAA